CCCAACAUGACGACGCGACAAGCUGCUCUGUCGCUGUACCGUCGCUCGUUGAAGCUUGCGUUGGACUGGGCUGUCCAUCGCCAUCUAUGGCGAGGCCAAGCGCUCUAUAUUCGAUCUCUAUUUGAGGCCAACAGGCAGGUCUCAGACCCUCGCCAACAGAGGGCGUUACUGGCAGAGACAGAAAAGUUACUAGAGAGCUGGAAGCACCCAGACCCGUAUAUUCCGCCAACAGCCCCGGGAGGAUCCAAAUUCGAACGAAACCUUCCUUGUCCGAUUCUAGACCCCCCUCCUCAUCGAGCAGACCAUCAUUAAGGCCUCAGCUUGCGCCAAACACAGACCUCCAGUACAUAGCAAAAUAUAAUCAAAAUUUCCCAAUAAAAUAAAGGUUCAAGCUUGAG